ACGCGAUCAGAGAAAUCAACGGCCAUGGUUCGUCCUGAAAUCGCUGAAACAACGUUCGAAUUUGUACGUGGCGGGGGCGGGAGGAGUGUGGGAGAGAUUGGAGGGGGAGGAAGCGGCAGUGCAGAAGAGGAAGGCGGGGACGUGGUCGUACGCGGUGGAGAAAAGGAGGAGUAAAGAUGAAAGAAGUAGGAAGGUGGAAGUGGUGGUGGUAGCGGCGGUUACGGUGGUCUUGGGCAUUGGAAAUCGAGUGUUGUAUAAACUGGCGCUUGUUCCUCUGAAGCAUUACCCCUUCUUUCUUGCUCAGCUUGCUACUUUCGGGUCUUGAGAAAGUGUGGGAUGUGAAACCUUUGGUUAAUGGGAAAGAGAUUAUGAGUGUUUUGCAGCUUAAAUCUGGAUGGCCACUUAUUAGGGAGUGGGAAAUAUUGGUUGAUAGAGCUGUUCAUGCUGCUGUUGGCCGUUUUCUGCCUUCCGAUUCUGGUGGUGAAAAGAACAUUCAUCCCACAUUAGUUAGGGAUGACUUUACUCAAGCUAUGCAUGAUUUCCUUCCAGUUGCUAUGCGAGACAUUAGUAAACCUUCUCCUGAAGGUGGUCGCUCUGGUUGGGAUGAUGUUGGUGGUCUUAAUGACAUUCGGAAUGCGAUCAAAGAGAUGAUUGAAUUGCCUUCAAAGUUUCCAAAUAUCUUUGCCAAAGCUCCUUUACGUUUAAGGUCAAAUGUUCUCUUAUAUGGUCCUCCUGGUUGCGGCAAAACUCACAUUGUUGGUGUUGCUGCUGCUGCUGCUUGUUCUUUACGAUUUAUAUCGGUGAAAGGGCCUGAGCUGUUGAACAAAUACAUUGGUGCUUCUGAGCAAGCUGUAAGAUGGCAUUAAGCCUUUUCUUUUUAUCUAUAUUCCAUUAAAUCCUGUUCAAUUGUAUAUUAUUCUUGACAUUUUGAUGAUACAUAGUAACUAAUAAGGUGUCUUAUGAAAUUCAGAAAUUUCAAUCCAUUGUUCUCUGCUAAUGUAAUUGAGUAAAUAUGAAAGCCUUUUAUAGUGUUAUUUUCUUAUAUAUUCUAUGAUUUAGUUCUUUGUUUACUUGUGAAAGUUAU